GAUGGUAUUUUUUUUCAGCCUUUGAGGAGGCUGUCCCUAAAUUGUUGAGUACAUAAGAGGCUCCCUGUGUGCGACCUUCUCAGCAUUCAAGACCAGAGUGAGAGGGGAUCCAACUAUUCUGCCUUUCAGCUCAGCAGAGCUCAUCUCACUACUCCACCUCUACUCUCUUGUCCAUCCCUUUUCGCUGACUGCUGGCCUGAUUUGUAUUCCUGCGGAUCUUAACAGGAUCAGAAGAGGUUGCCGAGUGUUUAUCGAGUGGUGGAGCGAGAGUCAGAGGCUGCCAGAGUCAUCAUGGCCAUGUCCCAGGAGCAGAGUGCGUGUCUGGGGCUCUGGGUGCUCCUUUUGCUUGGUGCAGGCAUGGAGGAAGUUGUGGAGGGAUGUAGCUGCAACCCAGCUCACCCACAACAGCUAUUCUGCAGCGCUGAGAUUGUGAUAAGGGCAAAGAUCUCCGGUGAGAAGAUUGUGUCGCCUAGCAACAGUUCAUCACCUUACAUGAAGAUGAUUCAAUACGAAAUCAAAAUGAUCAAGAUGUUCAAAGGUUUCAACAAAGCAAAGGACAUCCAGUACGUGUACACUCCAGUCUUCUCCUCUCUGUGUGGAGUCAAACUGGACUCCAACAAUAAAGCAGGCUAUCUGCUCUCAGGAAGUAUGUGGAGCGAUGGGAGAAUUUCUAUUGGCCAGUGUGAUCUGGUAGAGUCCUGGGACAACCUGUCACUGUCACAGAAGAAGAAUCUCAACUACAGAUACCAGAUGGGAUGUGAAUGCAGGAUCAACACGUGUUACACAGUGCCGUGUGCGUCUACAGGAGAGGACGAGUGCUUGUGGACUGACUGGCUGCUGGAUAACAGCCUAAAUGGGGAGCAGGCUCGACAGUAUGCCUGCAUCCGCCACUCUGACACAACCUGCAGCUGGUACCGUGGAGGACCUCCACCUGAGAAAGACUUCCUGGAUAUGUCUGACCCUUGACCUGUAAAAUCUGACAUCCAUUUGACUCCAUUUCACUCUUGCUAUUCCCAACAAACAUUUCCUGCUAAAUGAAGUUAAAAUUUGACCUUCAUCAGAUUUCAUUAUAAAAUUUGCUGACAUUUUAGAGUUGUCAGUCAGCAGAGUCCAGGAUGUUGCUAAGACAAGGCUGGGAUCAGUUUUAUAAAGUGCAGGUUCUUUCACCAAUCCCUUUGACUCAUUUUCUCACACACAUUAAUUUCAUGCGCUGUUUCCACAGAAUAAGAAAAGCAGCAGAGCAUCCACUACAAAAGAUUCACUCCAGAGUGAAUCUUUUCUUUAUACCUGAAGGCGGUCUGGUUAAAUGCAUUAACAUGAAAAAUACUGAAGACCUCAUAUCUGUUUCUGCAUUAUAAACGAUAUGAUGUGGGUUAUGCAUGCACUUAUAGUAAAAGGAAGUUGGGCAUUUACUGUAAAUAUUCUAGAGGCAAGUUUUACCACCCACAGUUUUGCUUACCCAACAUGAAGUCUGUGCACUACAUUUUUGCAUGAACAUUUCACUUACUCCCCUCUGCACACUCCAGAUUUAAGCCCUUAUGCACUGAAUGUUCAUAAAAAAACACCCGACACAAUCUGACGGAUUAAUUAUGAAUGAUAUGACCAUAAUUCUUGUAUAUGAAAAUCUUCAUAGCUUGUACUCUAAACUGCAGAGAAUGUAAAUAUUGUACUUCAGUAAGAAUUAACACGUAAAAGGCUAACAGGAUUCUGUCUGAUAGAUUAGUUGAUAUUAUCUUGUGGUUUUGUAGUGUUUUUAGUUUCCUCAGUUGAACUCUCUACUAUUUUCUCUGCCAAAAAAAACUCUAAUCCAGCGCUUUGAUAACAACACUGCCACCUGUAGAUGCCAAGCCACCUCUCCUUUGAGGAAAUUAUGUAACAAGACACGGCUCAAUUCCCCCUUUUUUUAACUUAAAGGAACAGUAAGUCAGUUGUCCUAAACAAUGAAGUGCAAAAAAAGAACAUAUAUAUUCUAGGCAGAAUUUAACUAAUUUCAAGAGGAAAAAACUUCAUGAAUAAGCUAAAACUAGCUCUCUUUGUUUUUUAUAGUCAUUAUUUUGUAUAAUUACUCCACUUGUAUUAAGAAACCCAAAAUAUGAAUUGACCCCUGUCUUGUUACUGGAUUGUUUCACUGAAGUCAUACACAUUAAAAUGCAUUUUUUUGUGUAAUCAUCAUGAGAUAGAAUUAAAAUGUAUCCUGUAAUUAAUGAAAUUUUUCCAGCAUGUUUGAGACUGUAUCUUGAAAUAUGUUCAUAAUCUAACUAAGACUGAAUGGGGGGACAAUAAUGCAUUAUAACUGUAUGGCUUUAGUGAAGCAUUGUUAAACAGUUUCAUGUGUGUUUUAUACUGAAAGAAUUGUUUGGGUUUGUAUUUAUGUGUCUGUUUCUGUCUAAAUAGAGUUUUCUAUUUCCAUGUACCAAAAAAGAUUGUAUAUAAAAUGUCUGAAUGGAAAAGUG